AUGAUGUGCAAGGUUCAGUUAUUGGUGUGCCUUUUUGCCCUUGGAGCGACAGUUCGGGCGGAAAAGGAUGCGCUUGAUUACGGCCAAGGAUUACAGAUGUUAGGGAAGGUCGUCAGACAGUUCCUUCAAUCGCAACCUGAGGAUAUUAUAUUAGGUGACGGAGUUCACUUAGUCACAACGCAAAAUGCCAACGAAAUCAGCGGAAGGGCAAUGUCAGACGGUGGAAGUGUCUUCACUGCUUUAGAAAACUAUUUACGAAGCCAUGAAAUUCAAAUCAAAUUGCCGGAACUGCUGCCCAAAGGAGAUCUUGGUCGGUCUCUUAAAUCCGUAAUGGAGGACGUCAAGGAAGACGCGGAAGUUACUGGAAGAGGCAAAAAGGGUGGUGGAUUUGGAGGAAUUAUGGUUCUCAGUAUGAUGUUCGGUAAAAUGUUAGCCGCCCUUGGAUUGGGUGGUGUAGGACUUCUCGCCAUGAAAGCCCUCAUGGUAUCAGCCAUGGCACUUAUGUUGUCUAUGAUAAUUGGGAUUAAAAAAUUGGCCUCCCAUGGAGGUGACGAUGGGGGUUACCACGUUAUUCACGCGUCCGGUGGUCACCACGACCGAAAGAAAAGAGAAGCUGCGGAGAUGGCAUACAACAGUUGGAAAAGUCUGUAUAGUAGUAUUACAAAUUAG